UUUGAAAUUCAACUAUCCGGGAAACGCUGACCUACUGUAGUGGCUGAGCGUAGGAGCUGAAGUUAAUCAGUCACCAAACAACAUGUACUGACUUCAAAUCGCUUUCCAAACGACUGAUACGGCCCCAUGAAGCGAUAGGAAGUGGGCUGCACAGACUGUGUGGAUGGCAGGGAGACUGUUAAUGGAGGUGUGUGUGGACUCUGUGGAGUCUGCCAUCAAUGCUGAACGAGGAGGUGCAAGUCGACUUGAAUUGUGUUCAAGUCUCCUGGAGGGAGGGCUCACUCCCAGUCAAGGUCUGCUGCAUGUAGUGAAGCAGUGUGUCAAAAUUCCAGUCUACGUGAUGAUAAGGCCUCGAGGGGGGGACUUCCUGUACUCAGAUCAGGAAGUGGAGGUGAUGAGGAAAGACAUAGAGCUGAUGAAGAGCCACGGGGCCGACGGACUGGUGCUGGGAGCCCUGACUGAGGAUGGACGGGUGGACGAGGAGCUCUGUAUGGAGUUACUGGCUGCUGCUCGACCUUUGCCUGUCACCUUCCACAGAGCCUUUGACAUGGUUCAUGACCCCACGAUUGCUCUGGAGACUCUGGUGUCUGUAGGGUUCGAGCGUCUGUUAACAAGCGGCUGUGACAACUCUGCUUUGGAGGGACUCCCCCUCAUUAAGCGGCUCAUUGAACAGGCUAAAGGGAGAAUUGUUGUCAUGCCAGGAGGGGGUAUCACAGAGAGGAAUCUGCAGAGAAUUUUAGAGGGGUCGGGGGCUCAAGAGUUUCACUGCUCAGCCCGCUCCAGUCGGGACUCUGCCAUGAAGUUCAGGAACAACUGUGUAACAAUGGGAGCAGCUUUCUCAGCACCUGAGUACGGCCUGAAGGUGGCAGACGUGAGCAAGGUCCGCACUCUUAAUGCCAUCGCCAGAAACACCAUGUGAAUGUGGACUGCACAAUCAUGACAGACACAAAACAGAUACCUCAGAAGAGAUCAUGAGUAAUCACACAGAUAUGUCAACAUUUGUUUUCACCAAAGCCCACAAAGUGCUUUUUUUUCUCACUGAUCAAACCGUCCUUGUUAAGUAAGAGCUCAGGGAAUGCCCCACAACCUUCUGGGAUAUGCAGUCUACGAAUCUCACAGUGGAGAGAAUAAUUUUCAGUUAUAGUACACCUUGUGUGUGGCCUCAGAGAAAGUGUAAUAAAAUACACGAAAGACUGCUUAAUUUUAAAUUCUUGUCAUUUUGAAAUUAAGGUAAAGCACUGCUGAGUGCUGCUGUUGUCAGAACAGUUUUCCAGUUUAUGUACUGUAUAUUUGACCUGUAUUUAUUUACACUCUCUAUUCACAGUGGAAACAAAAGUUGUGAGCUCCUGUACUUUUUUUUUUUUUUUUGCAAGGACAGAAACAUUGUGACAGAUUUCAAUUAAAGUCCAAAAUUUUAA